UCACAAAAAAAUGGUUUCGUGUCGAUUUCGGGCAAUCCUCCACUAAUGCAACACAGAUAAAAGUUUUUGGCAAAAAAUUUGCCCCUAGAUAACAUAUUUUACUCAUAUCUUUAUCCGAUCAACAACGAACUGCUAAAAGAGUAUCUCGCAUAUUGUGGCGAAGGGAAGCCAAAGUGUUCGGUUUCGUAUAAUACUAUGAGGUGAUUGUUUUCUAUUCAAUACAAUUGAACGUGUUUUAAUAUCAGAGACGCCAUUAAACUAUAAAAUACCUAGCGGCUGUAAGUGACAUAUAUCAGUAACGAGUUCGUUGACCAAUUAGCACGUUCAUCGGUUCCUAAUAAAUUCGACGCAAGCCGCACGCAUUCUGUCUGUUAGUUAACCGAGUUCGUAUCUUGAAUGGACAGUUGGUUUAACGCCCACUGAACUAAUAUUAAAUAUCUACCUAGACGAUCAGUCACUACGCCGUCUCUAACGUGCUAUUCAGAUAAAACCCACUUAAAAAGCUAUCCUGCUCGGGCACAUGUGAUGCGAAAAUAGUAAAUUUACACUUCACCCGUAGCGGAAAUAAGCACACGCAUAAGUACACGGAAAAUAAGCAAGCGCAUCAGCAUACCCUUAAAAUUGAUACGAGUGAAUCGUGCGUGAAACCGAAUUUCAAUAUGGCUGCGAACGUUGCUGUGGGCGGUAGAUCUCAGGACACUGCAGUUCAACAGGGCUUACGAAAUGACCGAAGACCGGAAGAACGCUGGAUACAAUUCCGUUACGUGUUUCUUCUUCUAGGCUUUACUGGUUUCUCGUGUAUAUUUGUGCUGCGAGUUAACCUACAUGUCGCUAUCGUAUCUAUGGUAAACCAUACAGCAAUAUAUAAAACGGUGACAAAGAGCGACUGCUAUAAGGAUUUUAAUCACAGUAUCACCGAAGAUAUCAUACACUCGGAUGGACCUUUCGAGUGGAGCCCGAUAACUCAAGGUCUCGUACUGGGAUCGUACUUCUGGGGGUAUAUUUUGACUCCUAUACCAGGCGGAACCCUUGCCGAAAAAUUCAGUCCUCGGUGGCUGUUUGUCUCCGGAAUAUUUAUUGCUGCGGUUCUAGGUUUCCUCGUGCCGAUCGUCACGCAAUAUUUUGAUUAUAUUGGCUUAGUCGCCCUUCGCCUAUUUCAAGGCCUUAGCGCAGGAGUCACCUUCCCAUCAAUUGAGGUUCAAUUGGCCUACUGGGUUCCAGAGCAUCAACGGGCGAUGGCUGUUACUUUUGUACAUUCAGGCGUUUUUGUUGGCGUUGCCGUCGGGAUGUUCGUAGCCGGUGAACUGGCUGGUAGCGGGUUUCUUGGGGGCUGGCCGAGUGCAUUUUACGUGCCCAGUGUGUUUAGCAUAAUAUGGUGCGUGCUCUGGGUAAUAUUUAUUACCGACACCCCGAAAGAGCAUCGUUUGAUGUCGAAAGCCGAGCUAAGGUAUAUCACUGGAGACGUUGAACGACAUCGUAACACUCACGCGCCUACACCUUGGAAGGCCAUUCUGCUUUCACCUUCCGCAUGGGCCGCUCACAUUGCCCUAUUUGGAGCGUUGUAUUUGCAUGCUGUUCUCGGCUCAAUGCUGCCAACAUACUUUGGUACGGUCUUAUACUUUGAUAUUCGCAGCAAUGGCAUGUUUUCAGCACUGCCAUAUGUUGGAGCAACAGUGGGCUGUCUGGCUUCGGGACCAAUAUGUGACGCAAUUGUAGCCCGGAGUUGGUUGUCUCUGACGAACGCACGUAAAUUAUUCAACGCGAUUUCGCUUGUUGUCCCGUCGAUAAUUUUAUUUGUCGUAGUGGCUGUUGGCGGUUGUAAUGGGAUGGUUAACCUCGUUUUGUUUGUGACUGUGGGUAUAUUUCGGGGUAUAAAUGAGGCUGGUGUAGGUCCUAUUCCAAUAGAUAUAGCUCCGGAUUUUGCCGGAAGCGUUUUUGGCGUAAGUGUAAUGGUCGCUGCAUUAGCCGGCAUAGCUUGUCCGUAUAUCACUGGUGUGCUCACCGAAGAGAAGAACACGACCUUAAACUGGGCGAACAGCUUCUACGUUGCUGGUAUCAUUGGGCUCCUUUCGGCGCUCAUUUUUCAAAUAUUCGGCACCGCAGAAAUUCAGCCUUGGGGUCUUGCACAGCCAAAAAUGAUAAAGCAUGAGACAAGCACAAAUGAGUCUGAUCUAGUUUUGCCAGCCGAGGAAUCAUUUCUAGCUUUGCCAAUCAUAGAGUCCAAGCCGACUAAAAUCAAGCAAUCAGACGCUCACAAUGACAACGAAAGAGAGAGGAAAAAAACCAAAAAAUAGUCUUCAGUCUCCUACGUAGAGAGCACCGUAUAGGGAUAAACAAACUGGGCUAUGCCACCAUAAACGGAGAGUUCGAUAAAAAAAAAUUCUUGUUGAGCGUAUCCGCAGCUGGUUAUCCGAAUUUUGGGAGCUGUGACUUUGAUAUAGCAGCCGUACAUAUAAUUUGAUGAGACACACGACCAAGUUGAAGGAACAACAUGAGACCGACACCUGCUACGUGUUUAACAGGUCGUGUCCACUUAUAGAGAAGCUGCGUAGUUGCUUUUGACCCAAUGCAGAAUGAGGGCGAAAAGGUUCUAAAUUCUAAACCGCUGGCUAUUGGUUUGACUUUGGAUUCAACGACGACCUAAUCAUUGGCUAUGCGUCGAAUAUAUUGGGUAUUCUACCUCCCAAGCUAUAGCAAAAAUGCCUACACGAACUGUCCAUACAGCUUCCUUAGAUUGUGGGGUCGUCGUCGUCGUACACGCGCUAUAACGAACAUCCACGAGCAAUGACUCGUUAUUGCCCUCACUUUAAGCAGUUUCUCUACUCAGUGUUUAGCCAUGUUACUUUUUCAACCGAAAGCACUGGUUUCCUAAAAGUCAUCUCAUCUCAUCUUGCAAAAUGGCAACGUUGAUAUCUGGAAGAAAAACAGUCUGUUCACUAAAAACUGAGAUCAAUCUGCUAGAGGACAACAGGCAACUAAGGUGAACGGAUCAGAGCUGUCCGUAACUUAAAAACUACAACACAAGUGGCUCGCACCAAUGAACCGGAAUUGAUGAUAUCCAGGUUAAUCUGAAGAAGCGAGACAGUCUAUUCGAUCGGUGUCAUGCUAUUUGUCAACGUCCUGAUACAACGAUCACCGUAAUGUUAAAGACCAUGAAUCAAUAAAUGCUCAGAGCACGCUAUUAAUAAAGCUACCAUCCCUGUUUCUCAUAACUCUUAUGCUGUUCUUCAAAGCAAAGUGCGGAUAAACAAACAUUGUAGCUUAAGCAACCAUGUCUACUAUUUAAAGCUUGGUACCCCACGAAUCUUCUCUAUAGAUAUAGCCUGCAAGGGUAGAACGUGUAUACUAAUGUGAGUGUCAGGAGCGGUAGUUCAUCCAUGAACAUAAGGGAUUUCAUGAACUAAAAUGUUUUGCUUAUAACGAUAAAUCAAGUUAGAAAGUUCAUUCGAUCUUUGCUUUAAAUCAGUCUAUUGUAGAUUUCCAUCUACGCAGCAACAAUUAACAUGUGUAGACAUGAUUUGCGCGCGUGCGCUUCCAAUCAUACGACUAAUUUUCGUAUAAAAAUUACUCGCACAAUUCUUCUGGAUAUGUUUGUGUUUAAAAGUGCAGCGUCACAAAAUCCUAUGUACAAUUUGUGAGCUGCUGUUUGCUACUUCUUCUUGGGUGCAUUCUUGAGUACUCGAACUCGUUAACAGCAAAGAAGCAGUUAUUCUCAGCGUUACUUGCGCAUUUCAGCCGCACACUAUGGAGUAAACACUCCCAAGAUCUUUGUUACACUAAUUUAUUGUCAACAUUCAUGCCUAGCGCAUGAGCAAAUGAAUGAUUCUUCUCCCAUGACCAAAUUUUGGUACGUUGAGUUGGCCUAAUGGCUAGAUGCUAGCCCAUACG